AUGACGACAAAUGAAUUUGAGUUCGUGAAUAUUAAGACACAUUCUCUCAAAGUACACAUUAACUGUGAAGGAUGCGUGCAGAAAGUUAGAAAACUCCUCAGGAAGAUCGAAGGUGUCUAUAGUGUACACAUAGAUGCAGAAGAACAGAAGAUCACAGUCACAGGAAAUGUAGAUUUUGCUACUUUAAUCAGAAAGCUGGGCAAAGCUGGUAAACAUGCAGAGCCUUGGUCUCCAAGUUCCAACCAAACAAAAGCUCCUAUGAAUGGCCUCUAUUUAGCCUCUGAAAAUCAGCUUUUGCUCCCACCCUUCUUUGGCGGUGAAGGCCAACAUGGCUGGGGAUCUGGUAAUUUUGUGGAUGGAAAUGGAAAUUUGAUUGGUGCUGCGCAUCACGGAAAAUUGCAGGGCAAUGUUUUUCCCAUGAUGGGCCGUACGGGUUUUCAUGGCAAUGCAGAAGGGCUUGAAUUUCGUGGCCUGCAAGAUUUCUCUGCAGGAUUUCCAGCAGUAGGUGAAUAUGGUCAUUCGAGACCUGUGAUGUUGACCAACUCAGAAGGGUACCCUCACACUAAUUUUGCACCUGCCUUCAUGAUCCCACCUAACACUUCUGCGGCUCAGUAUAACGCUGGAUCAGCAACACCCUCUGGUAUCUACUAUUAG